AUGUCGAUGCAAUUGGAGUGUUUCACAAAUCGAAAAAAGCCGUCGGCGAUGGAAUCAAAAUCGGCAUCCGGUGUUAUCCGUCGUCGUCGUAAGGCACCGUUGUUCAGAUACUAUCCAUACGCUUCAGGAAGCAGAAGUGAGAAGGAGAAGAUGAAAAAGGAGGUUGUACAACUAGGAAUCGAGCUCUCGGUCUGUGUAGCUGAAUCCAUGUUCUUGCUGUGUGAUGAUAUUCGUAGUAUGUUACUGUUCUGCUACAAGUUAUGGGAAGAGAAUAGCGAGAUUCUCUUGGGGGGAAAGCUGCUUCGUGUGAUGCAUUGCGUCUACUCAAAAGACAUCAAACUGAAGCAGAGAGUGUAUGAUCAAGACGGUGUUGGCAAGGGCUCGUACCAAUGGGAAUUCAUCAGGACCACUUGGAGGGAUUUUACUGACGGAGGCAUAGUUUUGAAUGAGCUUGUUGACUUUAUCGGAAGCCAAGAUAGAUCAUCUUUUGAUGAUCGUCUGUUGUCGUCGGCUAUCAAGAAGUACAAGCAACAAGUGCUGAAGAAGCUAGAGGACAAGCUGAGAUCCGCAAAGGAUGUGAAUGGUUUCGCGAGGGAGACGAUAGCGCCUGAUGCUUCCUUCUUGUGGAAGUCUCUCUUUGAUGAAGAAGCAACACCGAGAGGGGUGGAGACUAGGGCUUUCCGCGACCUGUUUCAGCCUCUCAUAGAUGAAUCAAGGCGACCAACCUGGGAUAUGACGAGUUUUCGUGAUAUGAUUCAGCCUAUACAUUCUCCUUACAUUUUAGGGAGGGAUUUUGCAAAGGAGGAGAUGAAGGAGGAGGUUGUGCAACUAGGAGUCGAGCUCUCGCUGUAUGUGGCUCAAGCAAUGUUGGUGCUGUGUGGUGACAUUCGUAGGGUGUUACGGUUCUGCUUAAAGUUAUGGAGAGAUGCAACAAGGCACCAGCAUCGUGGUAAGUUGGUGCCGGAAAGGCUGCUUCGUGUAAUGCAUUUUGUCUACUUGAAAUACAUCAAACCGAAGAAUGGAGUAUUUAAAUACAGUGGCAACAAGUCGGUCCAAUGGGAUUUGGUGAGGACCACUGGGACGGAUUUUGAUCAUGCAGCCCAAUAUCUGGAUCGACUUGUUUCGAAUCUCAGAGUAGAUGGGCAGCUGAUUAUACUUUGUCGAGAGCAUACGGAAAAUACCGAAGAAGGGUUGAAGAAGCUGGGGGAGAGGUUGAGGUGUGUAAAGCCUGUUGCAGAGGCGAAUGGGUUUGCGAGGGAAACGAUGGAGUCGAGCUUUUUGGACUUGUGGAAGUCUGUCUUUGACAAGGAAGCCAAGGAAGCAACAGAGACUCUGAAAGCGAUCGAGGAUGGGAUUUUUGCUGACCUGUUUCUCCCUAUAUUGAACCAAGUAGCUGCUGCGCCUUAG